AUGCAUCCGCAAUAUUCAACAAUUCAUUAUAUGAAAGAACAACGAUUCAAUGAUAAAUUUCCUUUAUCAAUUGUAGCAACAUUAGCUGUUCUACAAAUGUUAACUACAUUUGCUAUAUUUUCUUUAGAAGUUGGACAUAAUAUGCUUCAUAUAAAAUUAACAAAUUUAUUUGCAGGAUUUUGGACAGCAAUACCAUUUACUGUUUUAUGGAUAUCAAUGUUUGCAGUUGUUUGUUGUUGUCGUCGACGAAGUUGUGCAACACAUGCUGUUAUACAAAAUAUUCUUGGAUUUAGUUUUGCUUGUGCUUUAAUUGGAAUUAAUAUAGCAUUUAUACGACAACCAAAUAAAUGUUUUUUUACUGAAGGAAUUUGUCGAACAUUAUCAUGGACUAGUUAUAUAUCUGAUCCAAUUGAAUGUUUAGUCGAUGGUCUCACAACUGGUUGUGGUAAUACACGAAUAUCUUUAAUUAUAGCUCAACUUGCUUCUGGUGUUGUUAUGGCUAUGACAUGUCUUAUCUAUUUAAUUAUCUAUAUUAUAAUAACUGUACGAACAUCAAAAGUAAACCAAGGUCAAGUAGUAACACCAGCUGAGGCUGUUUUGGCACCUGUAUAUCAAUCAAAUGCAAAACAAUUUCCAAUGUCUGUUAGUCAUCAUCAUCAAUCUUGCACAAUAUCUUCUAAUCCAUAUCAAGGAUCAAUACCUGGUAUGAUGAGUGUCUAUUCACCACAAGCAUCAGGAUUACCCUCGGAAAAUAAUUAUUUAAAUUACAAUUCACCAAAUCAAUAUGCAACGAUAUAUCCACAUGCUGGAAAUGAACGAUUUUAA